AUGACGACCGGUGUCCUGAUGAUGUUCUACAUGGGGGAGAUGUAUUCCCUGGCCCACGGCGCUGAAGUUGCGAAGAAGAUAAUGGGUUCGACAGAUCGAGAUCAGCUACUGAUUAGGACAUCGGAUUCGUUCUCGGGACUGUUACUUUUCGCCGUCGGAUUCCUUGUUUUGAUGGUGGCAUUCGUUAAGGACAAAGAAUUCCAAAGCUUCUUCGCCAAAGGUUGUGUGGGUCUCCAUGUUUCAAUGGCUGUUUGGAGAUUCAACUUCGAGAGAACAGUUGAAGAUGAUUGGCUGAGGUUAAUUGUUGGUGAUAUUGUACUUGCUCUCUCUUGGAUCUUCUUUCUCCUUCAUUCCUGGAAAGAUAAAUAUGAUUGA